AUAAUAGACCUACUGUGGCACGGUGGAGAUGUGACUGUGUUGAUGUCAAUGUCCACUGCCCGGAGUGUGAGUUGGAGCCUGAAGCCCCCAGCUCAUCCCUACUGAAACAUCCUUGCUCCAAGACCCAGGUGAUUGUUGGGUGACAAGGUGACAAGUCCUCGCAUCAUAUUCCAGCUUCUGUGCUUUUUCAGGAUCACCUAGUACUUCCAUCUCAUCAGAAAACAGAUUUGAUCAGCAGAAUGGGAUGCAAGGUGCUAUUCAGCCUUGGUCAGCAGAUGCUGAGGCGGAAGGUGGUGGACUGCAGCCGCGAGGACAGCCGGCUGUCCCGCUGCCUGAACACCUUUGACCUGGUGGCGCUGGGGGUGGGCAGCACGCUGGGGGCCGGCGUGUACGUCCUGGCCGGCGCUGUGGCCCGUGAGAACUCUGGCCCUGCCAUUGUCAUCUCCUUCCUGAUCGCGGCGCUGGCCUCCGUGCUGGCUGGCCUUUGUUACGGCGAGUUUGGUGCUCGUGUCCCCAAGACCGGCUCGGCAUAUCUCUACAGCUAUGUCACCGUUGGGGAGCUCUGGGCCUUCAUCACAGGGUGGAACCUCAUCCUCUCCUACAUCAUCGGUACUUCAAGUGUGGCAAGAGCCUGGAGUGCAACGUUUGAUGAGCUGAUUGGCAAACCCAUUGGGGAGUUCUCUCGGACAUACAUGUCUCUGAACGCCCCUGGAGUGCUGGCCACAAACCCAGACAUCUUUGCUGUGAUCAUAAUUCUCAUCUUAACAGGACUUUUAACUGUUGGUGUGAAAGAGUCAGCUAUGGUCAACAAAAUAUUCACUUGUGUCAACGUUCUGGUCCUGGGCUUCAUCGUGGUGUCAGGCUUUGUGAAAGGAUCGCUUAAAAACUGGCAGUUCACGGAGGAGUAUUUGCACAACAACUCUGGUCUCCUGUGCUCCAACAAUGAGACGAAAGAAGGGAAUCCCGGUAUCGGUGGGUUCAUGCCCUUCGGGUUCUCCGGUGUCCUGUCAGGAGCAGCCACCUGCUUCUAUGCCUUCGUGGGCUUUGACUGCAUCGCCACCACAGGUGAAGAAGUCAAGAACCCCCAGAAGGCCAUCCCCGUGGGCAUCGUCGCCUCCCUCCUGAUCUGCUUCAUCGCCUAUUUUGGGGUGUCGGCUGCCCUCACACUCAUGAUGCCAUACUUCUGCCUGGACAAGGAUAGCCCCCUGCCUGAGGCCUUCAAGCACGUGGGCUGGGAUAGCGCCAAGUAUGCGGUGGCCAUUGGCUCCCUCUGUGCUUUGUCUACUAGCCUUUUGGGUUCCAUGUUUCCCAUGCCUCGAGUUAUCUAUGCCAUGGCUGAAGAUGGACUGCUAUUUAAAUUUUUGGCCAAAAUCAACAAUAGGACCAAAACACCAGUCAUCGCCACGUUAACCUCAGGUGCCAUCGCUGCUGUGAUGGCCUUCCUCUUUGAUCUGAAGGACUUGGUGGAUCUCAUGUCCAUCGGCACUCUCCUGGCUUACUCUUUGGUGGCUGCCUGUGUGUUGGUCUUACGGUAUCAGCCAGAGCAACCUAACAUGGUAUACCAGAUGGCCAGAACUACCGAUGACCUGGAUCAAGUAGACCAGAAUGAACUGGUGAGCACCAGCGAUUCCCAGACAGGCUUUUUACCAGAAGCAGAAAAGUUUUCUUUGAAAACAUUACUUUCACCCCCAAACAUGGAGCCCUCCAGAUUCUCUGGGCUAAUCGUGAACAUUUCAACCAGCCUCAUAGCAAUUCUUAUCAUCAUCUUCUGCAUCGUGACCGUGCUUGGAAAGAAGGCUCUGACAAACGUGGAGUUGUGGGCCAUCUUCAUGCUCAUUGUCUCUGCCGUCCUCUGCUCAGUAGUCACGGUCAUCAUCUGGAGGCAGCCUGAGAGCAAAACCAAGCUCUCGUUUAAGGUGCCCUUCCUGCCAGUCCUUCCCGUCCUGAGCAUCUUCGUGAAUGUCUAUCUCAUGAUGCAGCUGGACCAAGGCACCUGGGUCCGGUUUGCGGUGUGGAUGUUGAUAGGCUUUGCCAUCUACUUUGGCUAUGGGCUGUGGCACAGCGAGGAGGCAUCCCUGGUCGCUAAACAAGCAAAGACUGCUGAUGGCAAUUUGGACCACUGCAAAUGACGCACAGCCUCAUCCACCGGAGGUGACAGCAGCCUUGAGGGAUGCCCACAGAGCACCCAGAAGCACCUUGUUGUCUCCACCAAUGCAACAGGACCCACCCACAACCACAAGGCUCCUGAGCAGCAGAAGGUGCACUGCCUGGACUGCAGCCUCAGCCCACAUCUCGAAGGGCCUGCCCGUCUUGCUCUAGGGCAGGCUCACCAGGCCGGUUACUUUUGACAGCUCCCUUCCAGGGCCACUUGGCUGUGGCUGGCCACUGCAUCUCCUAACUUCCCUCUGAACGAAGAAAGCAGCUCCUCCUGCCGUGCUGCUGUGGCCCCAGGCAGGAUGGAGAUCUCCUUCUCGUUACUGGGCAGCCAGGGCUAUGUCCCCAGGCACCGUUCUGGUAUUGAAAAUGCGGCUACUCCCGACUCAUAGUAGCCAUCUCCCCGCUCAGCCUGGAACAGCCGGCCAUCAGUACAAGAUGAGUACCACAAAACAGUAUGCCUCCACAGGCCCGCCCCUGAGCCAAAGGACAGCUUGCUUCAAAAGAAAAAACAAAGACUGGUUUUCUUUUCCUGCCCCUGCCCUCUGAGUUGUUUCCAGAAGGGGUCUUAGUGUGACCCCUUCUCCACUCUGCCACCUUGACAGAGCAGGAAGACAGAGUGGGAAGGAGGCAGGGCUGGGGGCCAGCUGCACUCCAGAACGCGUAUGCAAGGGGGACCUCCUUCAGCCACAUUCCCGCCGGGCCCAGCCUGUUCUUGCUGCUCUGGCAUCUCAUUGCUGCUGUGUCCUGAGCAACUGGAACGUGACACUGUUUAUGGAGGAUCGGCCUCAAAUUAGCAGCGCUCAAAACACCCUUUUCCGUGGGUCUCUGCCGUUCACUGAACCCUGUCCUCUGAUGCUUGCGUGUCAGUGUUUGGGGUCUUGUAAGGUUCCCAGGAGAGGUGUCCGCUUGUUCUGAGGUGAUGGUGACCGUUCCUCCCCACACUUGUGGCCCCUGCCACGAUCUCGUUGGCCCUUCUCUCAAGUGUAAUCAAAGUGAGUCCUCCUGUUAGUUUCUGUGAAUCACUCCACCAAACAAGCUGGUGCUUAACAUUAACUUGGAAAAUGGCCAAAUGAUUAGCCUGUGCCAUCAGUGUAUUGUUCAGAGUGUGGGGCCCGCACACUCGACAGUUGGGGUAUAUUGCUGUCCCUCUGUCCAAAUGCCCUGGGUUUGUUUAGAGGUUUGUAACCCGGCCCAACCCCCUGCUCCAUACGUCUCCACAAUGAGCUGCUCUCUGCGGCACUCACAGGCCGAAGCUGGAGAAAACAAACACCAGUCCCAUCGUCCUCGUCAGAGUGUAGUCCGGGAGACAGGAGGCCCUUGUUGACAGAGGUAGAGGGAGACAGACAUUUCACACAAUACGGAACAUGUAAAUGCUGCUUUCAAAGCUUAUUUUCCCAUUUCUUCCCCCCUGGCCUUUGGCACAAAUCUGGUAGAAGCUGGUAAGUUGACAGCGCUUGUCUUUUGUCCUGCCCAGAAGACUCUUGGAGAAAAGUUUGAGUUUGUCAAACAGCCAGACGGCUAGGCUGGCCUCUGGAGGACGGCUGGGCAGUCAGCCCACCGGGGCAGGGCCCUUGGUCAGGCCCCAGGUGGAUUUCCAAAGAAAGGUAUUUAAAUUUAUGUAGAUUGGUGCUGUAAACUAUUUUGAUAAAUAUUAACUUAUUUUGUUUGGG